GCCGAGUCAAUAGCGUUAAAAUAAUAAUAAUAAUAAUAAAUCCUGGAGUGCCACAACGGCUAGUUUUCAACUCUGGGGCUCUCGUUGCAGUUUCUAAUUGUAAGGGGGAGUUCAGAUUUGGAUACGCAUAUGAACCUACUGGAGAAGAGGAGAGGAGGCCCAUAUUUGGUUUUCUCGUUUAGCAUUAAUCCAACUAUCAAUUCGAUCGAUCUGAAGUGGAACGGAUUAGAUACAGCUUCCUGGAGUGGUUUGUUGGUUGUUGGUCAGUGAUCAAUCAACCUCUCUUUGUGACUUGAAAGGAGGACAGAAUGGAAGAAACUUCAGAUGCAACGACACAACGGCAGCAUCCGGCAGCACCAGUCCCGCUUCCGCCACCGGCCCAUCGUCGUGCCAAGUUGAGGGUGAGAGAGGUGAGCUCUAGGUUCAUGUCUCCUCUGGUGGCUUUCAACGCCAACCCAACUCCCACUCCUACCCCUACCCCGGCAGCACCUGAAUCCCAGCGUUCUAAAUCUGUCAAGAGUCGGCAGCCCCAACAGCAAUACGAGCUGGAACCCCGUUCAAUAGAUGAGAACUGGGUUCCAGAGACCGCUAGGAGCUUAGACAGUAGCACUCCUCUGGCUCCAGGAGGAGGAGGACGAGGAGGAUCAGCAGCACACGCACAUCAUCAGAGUGCUAAAUCCUCUUCAUCUGCACCCAGAAAGCAACAGCAACAGCAGCUGCAGCGAGUGAAGCCUCCUUAUAAGGAGAACGAUGCCAAGACAGAGUUGCAACAACCAAGACUUGGUAGCGGAAGACCCGACACUCCAAUCGUUGCUGGAGCCGACAGAGAUAGGGAUAGGAUUGUUCCGUCCAGAUAUAGGCUCGCUUCCCAAAGCCUUCAUCGGCCAUCAUCUGCCACCAAUUACUGUGUGAAUAUGAAUGGUGGUGGUGGUGCGCCAGUAACGGCCUCCGCUGCAGCUAAACUAUUACGAGAGGCCACUUCAAGUGACCACCCUCUAAUUGAUUCUUCCUCAAGUCGCACUGCCUUUGGCGUCCAGAGUAAUACGAACAACCGGAUGAUGCCUCCGGAUUUGCGCUCUUCCAUGCCGGAGGUAGAUGUUCUUCCAACCGUGUCAACCAGGUGGCAGCAUGUUGCUAGAAGCUUCAAUAAUCUACCUGUUGCCGAAAUAUGUGAUAAUGACUCCAACUCAUUAAGGUCAACAACCUCUCCCUGUUAUCGUUCUCUGGUCAAUUUGCCACAAUCCAACAGUGAAAAUCCAUCAUCCUCCUCCUCCUCCUCAGCUUGUCUUAGUAAAGCUGGUGAUCCAACAGCUUCCAAAACUCCCUCCAAAACCUCCUUGACGAAUCAGGUGGCAACUCUUUGUCUGCCUUCACAUCUGUCAUCACUAAAACAGGGAGCAGCAGCGGAUGCUAGAAAAGGAAAGAAACUAUUUCAUCACCAAGAUGAUGUAAAGCAUGCUUUAAAGUUGCUGUACAACCAUUACUUGCAGUGGCGUUUCGCUAAUGCAAAAUCAGAGGUCUCUAUGCUCGCUCAAAAAAAGGAAGCAGAGGGGCAACUGUUUUCUCUUGGAAGCAAGAUUUCGCAGAUGCGUGAGGUGGUGAAGAAUAGUCACAUCGAACUUAAUCGAUGGCAAAGAAUAAAAACUUUAUUAACAACAGUUGAAUCGCAGAUGCCAUAUCUUGAUGAAUGGUCUACUGUGGCAGAGGAUUACUCGCAUUCUUUAUCAGGUGUCACGGAUGCUCUACUUAAUUUGUCACUCAGACUUCCAAUCAGUGGCGGAGUUAAGGUUGACUUAACAGAGUUGAAGGAGAUCUUGGACUCAGCUGUGAAGGUGAUAGAAUUGAUUACUUUCUGUAUCCAAAGCUUCAUGGUGAAGGCGGAAGAUAUGGAAAGCUUAGUUUCUGAACUGGCUAGGAUUAUGGGUGGAGAAAGAGCCCACAUCCAGGAAUGUGGAGAUUCCAUACUGAAGUCAUAUGCAUCACAGGUCGAAGAGUGGAGCCUAAGAGGCCAUCUUAUUCAAUUUCUUGGGCGUAAGAAUCGGCAGCAGCAGAAAAACUCUUCACAAUUCCCCUAAACGCGAAGUGCGAAUAUUUAUUGUGAAAUCAUUUUUAUUCUUUCAAUUAAGAAAACAAAAUAAUUCUCAGUUUGAAAUUUAUUUACUGAUCCUACGCCAACACUGUAUGAUACUGCUAUACCGAAUGCAUAUACCAGUUUGUUCGUUCUCUUAA